AAAUUUCAACAUGAUGGCCAAAAUCGUUAUCGUACUGACGCUUUUAGUAGUUAUCACAGAAGCAAGGUUUUUGGAUCGAGAGCGGGAUAUCUUUCAAGAUACAAGUAAACGUAGUGUAAGAGUACAAAGCUUAGUUUACCUUAUGUUUAACUAUGCAGAUGCAAUUUUAUUUUGCUAUAGUUGGCCUACCCAUGCGUAAUAGAGAAAACAAACGUUAUCUCGCUAUUGUGUUGCUGCGAAAACUGUUGUAUUGUACUCGCCAGCAGUUUGCUUUCUUUCUGCAGGGAACAGUGGCGGCUGUGCCUAGUCCCUUUCGUGAACGGUCGUUGGCAUUUUUAAGGGUCGAUACCACCAUUGAUAACCAGGCCUUUAGUCAUGAAAGAUGUAAUAUUAACCUCGUUCCCAGGGGUCCUCUCGUAGAGAGAGCACCUGGCCUGGUCUGGUCACGUACCGAUUGAGCGAGUAGGAGAGACCCUGAGAACCAGAUUAAUGUGAUAUGUUAUAUUCCCUGGAUUAAGUUGGAUUAAGUUGGAUUAAGUUACAAUAAGGCACAUAACACGUUUUUGAAUAGCCCUAGAAUGAACGACGUUGAAGCUCUGGGAAGGGUUAGGGUCAGCUGAUGUGUCGGUUAAGGAUGACAUUGUGUGCGAGUUUAUGUACUUAAUAUUUUCGGAAUUUUGGCCGGUCGGUGUGGUAGUGUAGUGGUAAGGGAGAGAUACUGGGAUACUAAAAGUCCGAGUGCGACCCUGAGUUGCGAUGUUCUUUUUUCUUUAAUAGAAACACUCUCAAUGGCAGUGACGGUUUACGAAAGGGAAAUCCCCGGCGGGGCUAAUUCCUUUUCUUCAGCUGUGCAGGUCAACUACUUACCAAAACUAAAUGUAGAGGUUCGAGAAAUUAGAGGGUUGUAGACAAUCUAGAUCAACCUUAGCUGUAAUCCAUCCAAGCUAUCUACUGUUUAAGGCACCUAAUUAACAGUGUGGACUUUCUAUUUGUUUUUAGUGCAGUUUAGGUGAGACAAGGUGCUCAAACGAUAGUGAAUGCCUGUCAUUAUGUCGAGACCGAACUGUUAUCUGCAAUUUUAUGAGGCGAUGUAACUAUUCAAGCCCUUUUGACAUUAACCUCAGGAAUAAACCGGUAAGAACCAGUCUCAAUCCAUGCCCAACAUAAACAAUAUAGCCGUGAGAAACUCUCAAAUCUUCGUUUUCCAUAUGCCCAAAAACUAUCCGGACGAAAAUGAAAAAUCUACCUAAUGCCGUCUGUGUCUGUCUCGCAUUAAGUUUUUGUCUUUUCACUAUCCCGUGGUCUGUCUCUCGAAAUUCCCGGAAACUUUUGAAGGCGUCAAGCCUCAUAUAAAAAUAAAGAAAGAAGCGCCGGUCCCAGCUAACAAACUAAUCUAAUAUGUUUUGUUAACUGACAGUUUGACUGAAAUUUUCUUAAAAUUCAUAGUUUGAAUGUAGCAUUACAUGUACACCCUCCCAUAAACCCCACCAAGCAAGGAUCUCGGUGCUUAACAGCCAGCCCAUUGCGUGGGCGGCAGCCCAAGAGCAGUUGUGUUUUGCUCAUGCAAUCUAAAACAAUCCAAAAUAUAAUACGCAGUUUUUGCUGCCUCGUACCAAGACGUCCCUUGCGCUUCAUCACCCGUCACUCGCGCUUGCCACUGUGCGAAAAACGAAGCGCUUGAGGAGGAGGCAGCAAUUUUUGAUUACUUUGUCAGCUUUGUCCCGGAUUUUCAGCACCCACAAUUGCGAACGCUUAGAAGACCCUAGGACGAAGUUGAGAUUAAGUUCAUUAACCUUCUCUUAAAUUCCAACUUGUUACUUAUGCUUUGCAAUGCUUUUCCUUUGUUACAGUGCUACUCUAUCGGAUUGUUUAAGAAGCGUUGUAAGUCGAAUGACGACUGCCUGUGCAACGAACGCAACGGACUGGUGUGUGAGGAUAAAGAAUGUGUUGAGCCACGAAGAACUAACAAGAUGAUCGUAUGGAGGCACCGUCUUUAACAAGUCGUUGAUCACCUCCUAUUCUUUACCUUAACUCUCUAGCUUUCGAUACUGUCUGCAUGAGAA